AUGGAGAAGGGACUGCCAAUGGCCUUGAGCUGGACCAAAGGGCCGGUGGCUAUGGAGUUUGUAGAUUUAGGGUUUUUAUUUCUCUCCUCCCUCUCCCUCUCUCCCAAUCUUGUCUCCUACUGCUUUGACCCUCUCCAGUUUGUCAUCACCCCCAACAUCUGCGCCAACAUUCAGUCCACCAGUGAUUGGGUCUCCAAGCUUGGCAACUCCACCGUCCUCGACUCCGCCUGCCGCCCUGACCUCUCCGAUCUCUCCUCCUGUGGGGGAUGUGUCGACGCCGGCUUUGCCAUUCAGAAGAUGUUGCUUGCCGCCGAUGGUAACUCUUCUCACACUGAAGACUGUUGGUACUUUACUAUUCUUUAUGCUGCUGGUAUUGUCAAUGAGUUUGGCCCUGAGAGCAAUGGUGUUGUGAACUGUAUAUUUGGGUUGUCUUCUUCCAAUGCGCGAUCGUCGAAAAAGAGCAAUACUGCCCUUGUUUUCGACCUCACUGGCGCUGGGGUUGCGGUGUUUGUCAUGUCUAGUUUGUUGGGGUUGUACUUUUGGAAUGAUAGGUGGUGGAGGAACAAAAGGAUUAUAGGGUCUCGAAUGGAAUCCGGUUUUGACUUGGAUGAACGAGAUGCUAGGAUUAGAGUGAGACCAAACACCGGUUCAAUUUGGUUUAAAAUUCAGGAUCUUGAGAAGGCAACUAAUAACUUUUCGCAGAAGAAUUUUAUCAGUCGAGGUGGGUUCGGUGUUGUUUACAAGGGUGUGUUGCAGGACGGAACUAUGGUUGCUGUUAAGAAAGUUAUAGAAUCUGAUUUUCAAGGGGAUGCUGAAUUUUGCAAUGAGGUUGAGAUUAAUUUGAAGCACCGGAAUCUUGUCCCGCUUAGAGGGUGUUGUGUGGUCGAGGGGGAAGACAGUUACGAGGAGAAAGGAAGUCACAGAUAUCUUGUCUACGAUUACAUGCCGAAUGGGAAUCGAGAUGACCAUCUCUUUAUUUCUCAGCCUAGUAGUCAGAGCGGAAUUGAAAGGAAACCCUGGACUUGGCCUCAAAGAAAGAGCAUAAUCUUGGAUGUAGCCAAGGGUUUAGCUUAUCUUCACUAUGGAGUGAAGCCUGCGAUAUAUCACAGAGAUAUUAAGGCUCCAAAAAUACUAUUGGAUGCCGAUAUGAGAGCGAGGAUGGCGGACUUUGGGCUUGCAAAACAGAGCAUGGAAGGCCAGUCUCAUCUCACUACUAGAGUGGCAGGGACUCAUGGAUACUUAGCCCCUGAAUAUGCUCUUUAUGGACAGCUGACCGAGAAGAGCAAUGUUUAUAGCUUUGGAGUGGCUAUUUUGGAGAUUAUGUGUGGGAGAAAAGCACUUGAUUUGUUGUCUUCGGGUUCCCCUCGUGCUUUCUUGAUCACAGAUUGGGCUUGGUCAUUAGUGAAAUCUGGAAAAGCUGAGCAAGCUUUAGACUUCUCAUUGCUGAGAGAUGGGGAUAAUGCGAAUUCGAAUCCAAAGAGCAUAAUGGAGAGAAAUUUGCUGGUCGGCAUUUUGUGUGCUCAUGUAAUGGUGGCUUUACGGCCUACCAUUUUGGAAGCCCUGAAAAUGCUGGAGGGAGAUAUUGAGGUGCCACAGAUUCCAGAUAGGCCGAUGCCUCUUGGUCAUCCUUCAAAUUUUGGCAAUGGCAACAGUAACACGUUCAGCAUCUCACCAGCUUUGAGCGGGCCAAAAUUACACAGCGGAGACAUGCUCAGGUUUAGCAGAGAGUGAAGCACUUCAUGGGCUCUGACCGUCUGAGUCCUUGGGAGAUUCGUAAAACUCGAAAAAAAUUUCAGUGUAGCAGGAACACGACCUAGUUGUUCAAACUCGACCUAAUUUAUCCACUGUAAUAAUAUAAGAGGUUGAAAUUUUUAAGUAGGGUCGUGUUCUCAACACACUCAACAAUCUCUUACCACUCUUAACAUGUUUUAGUUCAAGAGCGUAUGAACAUAGGUUUUGGUGAAAUUUUGAUUUAUAUUUGUAUAGUAAUAGUAAGGUAAGUAGUAUCUACCUAUCAGCUUGUAACUGUAGAGGUGGGAAAUUUUGUUGUUUCGUUUCCUUGCUUGUAAUACGUUUUUGUGGGCAACUUGUAACCCAAGUGGUUAAUGCUCAAUGACGGGCUUACCGCUGCCACUUUAAUGAAUU